GGUGCCCCUAUCCCGGUGCUCCCGUCCAGGCCCGCUCCCGGCCCGGUGCUCCCGUCCCGGUGCUCCCGUCCAGGCCCGCUCCCGGCCCGGCACCGCCAUGCGCAAGUUCUUCCAGGAGAUCAAGGCCGACCUGAAGUUCAAGACGGCGGGGCCCGGGCAGAAGCUCUCGGAGCCGUCCCGGGCCCCCAAGGAGAAGCCGAAAGCCGAGGUGGCCCCGAAGCCCCGGCAGGCCCCGACCGAUGAGGCGCAGAGGGCGGCGGCCGCGGCGCUGGCCCGGCUGGAGCUGAAGCCCAAGGCCAAGGCACCGUCCGGCUCGCAGGAGACCAUCAGGAGCCACGUGAGGAAGGAGCUGAUGGCCGAGGCAGCUGCCGGAGAGAAGGAGCUCUCGGCGGAGGAGAAGGAGCAGGAGGAGGAAGGGGCAGCUGCUCCCUCUGUAUCAGGGGUUUAUUUCAUCUGCCCCUUGAGCGGUGCAGUUGUGAGGAAAGACCAAAAGGAAAAGCAGCUCCGAGAAGCCAUCCAGGCAUAUUUCUCUGUGGACCCGGUGGCUGCUUCCAUCAUGGAGAUCCACACCUUCAACCGGGACCGGGAGAAGGUGCGGCUGUGCGUGGAGACCAUGGCCAAGUACCUGGAUAACAUCUAUCUCCAUCCAGAGGAGGAGAAAUACCGGAAAAUCAAACUGCAGAACAAGGUGUUCCAGGAAAGGAUAAGCUGCUUGGAAGGGACGCACAAAUUUUUCCAGGCUGUCGGGUUUGAGACAAAAACACUGCCUGUUCCAGGACAAGAGGCCACGGAGGAGUUCUACGUGCUGAAGGAGGAGGUUCUGAGCAGGCUGGAGGAGCUGAAGGACCGCAAGGAGCAGCUGCUGAGCUCGGAGCCCGUGCGGGCGCAGCUGCACCGGCAGCUCACGGUGUUCCAGCCGUCGGCCGCGGCCGCGCGCUUCGAGCUGCCCCACGACUUCUUCAACCUCAGUGCGGAGGAGCUCCGCAGGGAGCAGCGGCUCCGGACGGAGGCGGUGGAGAAGGCGGCGAUGCUGAGGACCAGGGCCAUGCGCGAGAAGGAGGAGCAGAGGGAGAUGAGGAGGUACAACUACACCCUGCUGCGGGUGCGCUUUCCCGAUGGAUACAUCCUCCAAGGCCUCUGGAAACAAGCUGGACUCAUUAGAUCGGUGUGUGACAGCAGCCAGCGUGAGGCUGCCCGUGUGAUGUCAGACUGUACAACAGCAUAAAUCCUCUUCAGAUUUUCCACUGGAACUCUGGAAAUCAUUUCAGGCUUUCCCAGCUCUUUGUUACAGGCUGGCAGGGGCUCCCAACAAUUGACUAUUUUUCUUUGGGGAUUCUGCUUUUAUAGUUUUCAGUUAAAUCAGGCUGGCUGUGUGUCAGGGAAGUCGUUGAUCGAGUCAGCAUCAGUAGGUGAAGCCCCAUGGAACCGACCACAAAAGGUUAGAUUUUGGUAAAUGCCAGACUCUCUCACCUUGUUUUCUCAUGGCAGGGACUUUUUAUGCCCGAGAAUCAGUAUCUGUGCUCUAUGACUUUGUGAGGGAAGCGCUCAGAGAUGACUGGCUGCCCUUUGAGCUGCUGGGACCCGGAGGUCUCAAACUGACUGACGAG